GCCUGUAGGCGUUGGAGGGGGAGAAAGUAACAUGGUGGCCGCUUCCUCUCUAAACAGGAGUGGCGGCGUGUCUGGCAGUCCCUGAGGAAGCGACGGGCGCGGGAAAAAGCUCGGGGCGGGGAGCGCCCCCUCUGCUGGCGCGUACGAGGGGCAGCUGUCGGCGUGCGGGCCGGCGGCAGGUACUGACAUAACCAUGAUAGAAGACAAAGGUCCACGAGUGGCUGACUAUUUUGUAGUGGCAGGGCUCACUGAUACAGAUACAGCAACCCUGCUGGACCAAGAAAUAAGCCGACAUGAAACAAAGUCAACUGGUCCAAAGGCUCCAAUUACUGACAUUGCUGUGAUAAUUAAAUCAGCUGGUGAAACUGUCCCAGAGGGAUACACCUGUGUUGAAGCCACUCCUACAGCCCUUCAAGCCAACUUAAACUAUGGAAGUCUGAAGAGUCCUGAACUUUUUCUUUGCUACAAGAGAGGGCGGGACAAACCACCACUUACUGACAUUGGAGUUCUGUAUGAAGGGAAGGAACGCAUAAUUUCAGGCUGUGAAGUGAUUCAAGCUACUCCUUAUGGUCGUUGCGCUAAUGUGAACAACAGCUCAGCUUCUUCUCAGCGGAUCUUUAUCACAUAUCGAAGGGCUCCUCCAGUACGACCUCAAAAUUCAUUGGCAGUGACAGAUAUCUGUGUUAUUGUUACCAGCAAAGGAGAAACCCCUCCUCAUACAUUCUGUAAAGUUGAUAAGAAUUUAAACUGUGGUAUGUGGGGUUCCAGUGUAUACCUUUGUUACAAGAAGUCUGUGCCAGCUUCUAACUCUUUAGCGUAUAAAGCUGGCUUAAUUUUCAGAUAUCCUCAAGAGAACUAUGAAUCAUUCCCACUGUCAGAAUCUGUUCCUCUCUUCUGCCUUCCCAUGGGAGCCACUAUUGAGUGCUGGGACCCUCAAACCAAAUAUCCACUACCAGUGUUCUCAACAUUUGUACUGACCUGCUCUUCUGCAGAAAAGGUAUAUGGUGCUGCUAUUCAGUUUUAUGAGCCGUAUCCCCGGGAGCUGCUAACAGAAAAACAGCAAUCGCAGCUGGGUCUCCUGACAACUGUAGAGAGGAAAGUGAUUACUUCCAAGUCCAUCAAUUCAAACAAAUGCAUCUGCCUUCUCUCACACUGGCCUUUCUUUGAAGCAUUUCGAAAAUUUCUUAUGUUCAUCUACAAACUGUCUGUCUCUGGACCUCAUCCUCUUCCCAUUGAAAAGCAUAUAUCCCAUUUUAUGCACAAUAUACCUUUCCCUUCACCACAAAGGCCAAGAAUUCUUGUGCAGCUUUCUGCCCAUGAUGCAUUAAUAUUGUCACAGCCAGUUUCUACACCAUUGCCAUUAAGUGGAGCAAACUUUAGCACUCUGCUUAUGAAUCUUGGACCAGAGAACUGUGCCACUCUGUUACUCUUUGUAUUACUAGAAGGCAAGAUCCUGCUGCAUUCUCUUAGACCAGCUGUGUUGACAGGAGUUGCUGAAGCUGUAGUAGCUAUGAUAUUUCCGUUUCAAUGGCAAUGUCCAUAUAUCCCCCUCUGUCCUUUGUCUCUGGCCACCGUACUCAGUGCACCAGUUCCAUUUAUUGUUGGAGUUGAUUCACGAUAUUUUGAUCUGUAUGAUCCACCGCAGGAUAUUGUGUGCAUUGACUUGGACACAAAUAUGGUGUACAUAUCAGAUGAUAAGAAGAGCACCAACUGGAAGCAGUUUCCCAAGAAGCCAUGUAAAAGUCUGCUCAGCACCUUAAGGAAACUGCACUCACAGCUGGCAACAGUUCACAGGAAGACUCAAGAAGGCUCUGCAGUGGAAAUGACUCCUAUAGAGGCAGAUUUCUCCUGGCAGAAGAAGAUGAUAGAACUCGAGAUGGAGAUCCAGGAGGCUUUUCUCCGUUUUAUGGCAUCUAUUUUAAAGGGUUACAGAACAUUCCUCAAGCCAAUCACGCAGGCACCUUCAAAUAAAGCAACUGCUGCUGAUUCCUUGUUUGAUCAUCAAGGGUUUUUAAAAAGCAGAGACCGUGCAUAUACCAAGUUCUACACGCAUCUCACCAAAACACAGAUAUUCAGCCGCUUUAUUGAAGAGUGCAGUUUUGUGAGUGACAAGGAUACUGGAUUGGCAUUUUUUGAUGACUGCAUAGAAAAGCUCUUUCCAGAUAAAGGAACAGAAAAAGGAGAGAAGUUCGAUGUAGAUUCUGUCGAAGAUGCACGGUUGAUUGAGCUUGAUGAGUCACUAAAAAGUGAACACACAGUGUUCAUAAUGCCACCAGAGCCCCCUGCUGAUGAUGGACAGGACCGAGUGCCAAAAUACAGCUAUAAAAAUUUCCCACGACUAGAUUUCAAGCUCUUUGACAGGCCACAGGAGCUCAAGCUUUCCUUCAGCAGACACCCAGCUGGAAGUAGCAUUUCAAAUAGUCCAGCACUCAUGGCAAAGAGGACAAAACAGGAGAUAAAAACAGCCCAUAAAUUAGCCAAGAAGUAUUACGUAAGCCCCCCACAGUGGGCUAAGUGUCUCUUCAGUCACAGUUACAGCCUAUGGUUUAUUUGUCUGCCAGCCUAUGUCAGAGUUGCACAUCCCAAGGUCAAAGCGCUGCAGCAGGCAUAUGAUGUUCUGAUUAAAAUGAGGAAAACCGAUGUGGAACCACUAGAUGAGGUCUGCUACAGAGUAGUAAUGCAGCUCUGUGGACUGUGGGGUCAACCUGUUCAGGCCGUGAGAGUCCUUUUUGAAAUGAAAAAUGCUGGAAUACAACCAAAUGCCAUCACCUAUGGUUAUUACAAUAAGGCGGUUUUAGAGUCUUCUUGGCCUAGCAGUAACCGCAGUGGCAUAUUCUUGUGGACAAAGGUACGAAACGUACUUCGUGGCACAGCACAAUUUAGGCAGUGCUUAAAGAAAUCAACGCGGAGCCCACAAGUGCCUGUGAUAUCAGCUCUGCGGAGUCCCACAGGUGGAAGUGAUGGGGACAUGGUGAGCCAUGGUAGCGUGGAUAGUUCUAAUGAUGCUAACAGUGGGGAGCACACCCUCUUCGUCAGUGACUUAGUCAGGCUUGAUUCCAUUGAUAAUCACUCUAGCACAGGUGGUCAGUCAGACCAGGGUUACGGAUCCAAGGAUGAACUUUUAAGAGAUGAUGGAGAUAAUCUUCCUGCAACUGAAACACAACUAAACAAAGAUAUUUCUUCUAGAGCUGGAGACUUAAUAGAAGAGGUUUCUGCAGAGAAAUCUUACGAAAAGCAACAGCUGAAUACAGAAAUUCUGAGUCCAACUGAUCCACCUGCUUGGGGUAACAGUAUUGUGAAAGUUCCAUCUGGCAUUUUUGAUAGCAGUGGAAGGAAAUGCAGUGGGGAAACUGUUUCUAGCCCACUGUUUAUAACUCAGGAUUCAGUUGAAGAUGUAGUCUUUGGUGAUGUUCUUCCUAAGAAAACAAGUGAAAAAAGACAGAAGAGGCAGAAACUGUUUUCAGAGAGAAGCUGCAGUUUCAGCAGUGAAAGCAGAGCAGGAAUGCUGCUGAAAAAAGGCAGCUUGGACUUGCAUUCUAAAGAAAUAGCAAAAAUGAUGGGAGCGGAUGCCAAGAUUCUAACAGCAGCUUUAUCAGGAGCCAACACUUCACCCUGUCAUAUGAAUAAAUCCCACAGCUUUGAAAAUAUCGUUGACCAGCAGGUUUCUGAUAUAAGUGGAACUUGGAGUUGUGUGACUGAGACUGUUUGGGAAUUAGAGCAUAAGUCUUCACAAGUGGUGGAAGAACCUGGGGAAGGGCAGGAGCAUCUUGAGAAUGGAAGAGGUGAAAACAUGACUGCAGUGGAAGACAUGAACCUUGAACAGUCAGCUGAGUCCAAAACCCAAAAACCAGAAUCUGAAGAUGCAACUGCCAAAAGAAAUAGCUUUUAUGGAGUGGUUAAGCCUAUCGAAAGGGAAGAUGUUGAAGUAGGCUUGGACCCUUUGUCUUUGCUAGCUACUGACAGCACGCAGCCAAGUUAUCCAGAACCUGGGGAAAAGUUGAUAUCACCAGUUGCAGCACGUAAUUUGGCAGAUGAAAUAGAGAGCUAUAUGAAUUUGAAGAACCCAUUAGGUAGUAAGUUUCCCAGCAUGGAACUGCAUAAGCCAGAUAAGGAAGCAGAAGCUUCUGAUACACUUGGUCACUCCCAAGAAAGGAGGUCAAGCCUGCCUUUGGAUCCUGUCCUACCAUCGCCUAAGUCUUAUGAAAAUCGAAGAAGUCCUUCUGUCUCCAGAUCCAAAACAUUCACUGGACGAUCAAAGCAACAAACCCAUCCACAGGUCCAAAAGGAGCGGUCUUCGUCUUUGACAGGACUGGGUCGUUCUUCUCAACAUGGCUCAUUAGGAACUGUGGUGACAACUUUAUCCAAUCUGAAGUUAGACAAUAUACUGUCUGGACCAAAAAUGGAUGUUUUGAAAUCAGGCAUGAAGCAGGCUGCCAAUGUAGCCAGUAAGAUGUGGGGAGUUGUAACUUCGGCAUAUAGUUACUCAGAUGAUGAGGAUGAAAGCAACCAACCAGACUAUAACUUCCCUGUAGGUUUUGAAGAUAAUAUUUUAGGAGAUAAUCUGUCGUCAAGAAUUGGAGCCCCAGGGCUAAUUACAAAUGAGCUUGGACAAAGCACUACUAGCCUUGGCAGUAGCAGUAGCAGUGGAGAUGCAGGAAGACAGCAUUACAGUGCAGGUGAAGUUUCUUUCCCAAGAAGUAUGAAAGUUCCAGAUUCUGAGAGAUCAGAGCACAGCUCUUCACAUAAUACUAGUUUAUCCAGCAUUUUCCAGAACUGUGCGAUGGAGGUAUUGAUGUCAAGCUGCUCUCAAUGUAGAGCUUGUGGAGCUUUGGUUUAUGAUGAAGAAAUUAUGGCUGGAUGGACAGCAGAUGAUUCAAACUUGAACACUACCUGUCCUUUCUGUAAAAGUACCUUUCUACCUUUGCUUAAUAUUGAAUUUAAAGACCUACGUGGCUCUGCAAGCUUUUUCCUGAAGCAAAGUACCUCAGGAGAUAGUUUACAGAGUGGUACUCUUCCGUUAACCACGGAUCCCCCAGAGCAGAAACUGUUGUCCAGUCCAGCUGUCGCUGACUUGAUCAGUUUUUCAGAUGACCUGCAGUCCAGCCACACCAUAGCUGAAGAAACUAGCUCUGCAGCUGAGCAGAGUGAUGUGACAGAAGAACAGACUACAGAUCCCAGAACCAUGAAGACAUAUGCCAGUAAUCCACCAAAAAGGGGAGUGUCCUUGACUAGGAGCCACAGUGUUGGAGGUCCACUGCAAAACAUUGAUCUUUCCCAGAGACCAUCUCAUGGCAUUUCAACAGUUAGUCUUCCAAACAGUUUGCAAGAAGCUGCGGAUCCUUUAGCAAAAAGACCUAACCCUCUCCCUGUAUCUGUACCCUACUUGAGCCCACUGGUAUUGCAUAAGGAGCUUGAAUCACUGUUGGAGAACGAGGGAGAGCAAGUAAUUCAUACAUCCAAAUUCAUCAAUCAACACCCCAUCAUUUUCUGGAAUCUAGUUUGGUAUUUCCAACGGUUGGAUCUACCUAGCAACUUACCUGGACUGAUUCUAACAUCUGAGCACUGUAAUGAUGGAGUGCAGCUUCCUUUGACAUCUCUUGCUCAAGAUAGCAGGCUGGUAUACAUCCAUCUACUGUGGGACAAUAUCAACCUCCACCAAGAGGCAGGGGAGCCCCUCUAUAUAUCUUGGAGAAAUCUCAAUUCUUCUGAAAAGAGACCCUCCACUCUGGCAGAAGAUCAGCAGGCAACAAACACUUUGUUAGAGAACAUCAAACUAAGUAUUCAGCACAAUGAUGUUGUUAAGCCAAUCAACCUCCUCCUACAGAAAAUUAAGCCAGAUGUGAAACGACAGAGGAGUUUUUACAGGGAAAUUCUUUUCCUGUCUCUGGUGUCUCUUGGGAGAGAAAACAUUGACAUUGAGGUCUUUGAUAGUGAAUACAGACUUGCACUUAAAAAACUACCAAAGGAAGUUCUUGAAAAGAUGCAGAAAAUAGAUGCUCCACCAAGCAGCAGGGUUGAGUGUUGCAGGAAGUGCUUUGGAGCACCUUUUAUAUAAAAACGAGGAAGACAUGCACUAAACUUCAGAAUGACAAAAGCAGAGAUGAAAAAACCAGAAAAAUGGUGAUAUAUACACUUUGAAUCCCAAAUGUUGGUAAUUGAGCAGUUUGUCAAAGAAAUUUCAUUGAGCUGCAGAAUAUAUUCUUGUCUUUCAUCUCAUGAGACACAUUGUAAAGUACAUCAGAAUGUUUUAAAACAAUAUUAAUAGGGUGAUUUUUUUUUCAGUGGUUGAUCUUUUUGCCCCUUUAUAUUCUUUUUAUUAACUCAGAUUUUUCCCAUACAGUAUCAAAUUGUUCAAAAAGGUGAUAAUUAAACAGCAGCCUAUGGUCUGUAACUUUCUUAAGAGCCACCAGUGUUUGUGUAUUUUAAUGAAUCACCUUUCCUGCCACAGAAUAUGUAGAUUUUUUUACUGCUUCUUUAAAAUGAUCUUUACCUAAAGAGGGAUCUUUUUGUUAGUGUGAAUGUAAAUAUUUGAAACCUUGAAUUGGAAGAUGCAAGGCAGUGCUUUAGUCAGAUCACAGUACCUAAAAUAGCUACCCUUCUCCUGGCAAUUGUCCCAGUUCAGUAUUUUAAAUUGUCUUUGGCUGACCUUUUCAUAAUAUAUGUCUGUAGUUGUGAAAAAACAGAAACUUAGACUCAGUUUUCCUUAUUCUCUAUAUGACAUAAUAUAAGAUCCUGUAAAUAUACUGGCCUCUUUCUCCAAAAGAAGGAUAGGCUUCUCAGAAGCAGCUCAGAAAUGGAUUUCUUUUCUAAAGAAUUAAAUAAGAAGCUCAAAUGACAUUAGGAUACAUAUAAGGAUUGCAACAGAUACUGUCUGAAAAAAAUUAUGCUUUUACUUUAUGCAUGUAUGCUUAAAAAGUGUCUUCCUUGAGUUCUGUAUCGCCCUCUCCCCUAGGUUUCAUGCUAGCCUGUGGGUUAAUUAUUUUGCACUGAUAGUCCGAAUUCAAUAUUUCAAUUAAAAUGUAUUUAUAAGUGUGGUCUUCAAGGUGUAUAUUAGCAGAAAUGAAGGGCUUACAUGUAUGGUCUGAAAAGAUGGAUUCAUCUUUUGGGUUGCUUGUAGUAGGUAAGACACUUCCUUACUUCACAUAUUUAACUGACUACAGUAGACAUAGUCUUAGCAAGGAGAGCCUGGAUGUUGGUCAGCAGUUUAAAUGUUCUGUUACUUGAAGAAUAUGAUGAGGUUUAUUCCAGGUUUUUGCUGAAAUUUAAUGGUUUGGUUUUUAUGAUGGAAUAAUUCUUAGAGGGAAAAAAAGAGAAGAUUUGUAGCGUAUAAAAGGAGCAUAGCUAAAAUAUUAAUUUUAUCUGGGUAUGAAUGUAUUUACUUUAUACUACUCUGUUAAAAAUUUUCAUUCUUGAAAAUGAUGAGGGAUGAAGAUCUGUCUGGAACAGCUUUUAUAUGAAAAAGUAAAAUCAACUUUUAUUUUUUCAUGAGAUAAAACAAAGGAUUUGCACUAUUUGUGACAAAAUACAUUUGCAUCAUAGACUGAUGCCUUCUAUUUUAUCUAUAAGUGCUGAUCCUAAGUUUAUAUGGGGAUAUUACCUGGACAGAUUCUCUCCUGAUGAAACUGUUGUGUUUUCUCAACAAUUAAAAGUGAGAAAGCAUACACUGACCUUUUUUUUUUAUUCUUUAUUCUUUGGGUUUAUGCAUAGUUGCUUGCUGAUAUCUGACCUACAUCACAAUGAAAGAGUAGGCCUUGAUUCUUCAUCUUUUCCUGUUACGUAAUUGACUUGCAUGGUUCCGUCCUUUUAAAGUAAAAGUCUGUCUAAAGCAUUCAUCCAAACAACUUAAUACUUCUACAGAUCAAACAAGCACAUUUUCCUGUAUAACUCUAUACUUUUAAUCUUCAGCAGAGAGCUACACAAAGACAAUUUUUUAGUGUUAAAUGGACAAACUGUGUGAUUUUGUGAUGCAAUGUGCAAGGAAUCAAGUUGUUGUUAUCCUUAAAUUAUCCCAGCUCAUAAAAUUACGAGGAAAAUCUGUCUAGUGAGUGCUGUUUUAGGUAACUGGUGGCGUCCAAAUAGUUUUAAAACCUAGUAAAUAAUAUUAUAUGAACUAAAUUCUGUAAACACAUCACUUUCUUUUCAAAGCAGCUUUCUCAUCUGUUGCUGAAAAUACAAAUUUAUCAGGUAGUAGUGUUGUAAAGACAGCAAAGCUGAUUGUGUCAUAACGUCUAGUGCUAAAUAUUACUUUUCCCAGGUAUAUACACUAAAAAAAGAAACAAAAAAACCCCAACAAAACUAAAGCCUGGGGGGAAAAGGACUGAACUUACUUUGAUUUGCUACUGCAUAUUGGCAUUUUAGUACACUACAAAUUAACUUUUAUUCCUGUCGUAUGCAUGUGGAUUUCAGAGUGGUAGAAGUCCUGCAUGAAAUCUUGAAUCUGCAUAUUGGACUUGAUUCUCUAAUAUAGAAUGAAAAAAGUAAGAGCUUACCCCUUUUAAUGGGGAGUUUUUAAUGUUUAUUUUUUAAUGACUAACUCAUCAGUUGGUUCUUGAAUGUAGUCCAUAGCUCAAAUGAAAAGGGAGAUCUCUGAAAAUGAUUUAUUAAGUUUCAUUUCAGAAGAUGCUUUUAUCAGGGGAAAAAAAAGUAAGAGCUCAUAAAAAUUUUAAAGAAUUUAAGAACUGAGUAGUUUUUUGCUAAUUGAUUUGUUGCCUUUUAAAUGCAUAAUGGCACUUGCUGGUUUUCCUGACUUUUAGGUCUCCUGCAAAUAGGUAGAGACUGCAGAUUUUCCUACACAAACUUUCUGAGAUGUAGGCUUCCCUAAUUUGAAUGCUGAAGGAACUGUGAGUUCCUUCAUAAGAAAAGGGCAUAGAGUAAAAUAGCUCGGCAUGGCUCAAUAUUCAUAUAGUUGAAAAUCUGGCCAAAAAUAAGCAGGGAAAAGUUUCAGAAGUUUUUUGUGAGUGUAUUGCAAACACUUUUGUUUUUCUGACAUUUGGGCACUAAAGGCACACUUCUUUGCAAGUUAGUUGACAGCAUGAACUUCUUGGGCUUUGUGGGAAUGACUUAGUUACCUACAAAUGCUUCUAAUUUGUUUGACAUCUCACUCUUAGGAACCCAUAUUUAUCUCAAUCCAUAAUACAUGACUGAUCUGGGCAAAGUGUUGUGAAGGAGGGGUAAGGAAAAGCUUGAUUUUUAGUUCUGUUUUCCAUUGUUUUCCAGUAGAAAUACUGUGUGUGUUUUCCAGUAGAAAUACUGUGUGUGUAUUUUGGAAUUCUCACUUAUAACCUGAAGAAAAUGUUUCAAAUCACCAUUAACUUCAAAACUUCCAAUGUGUGCUCAAAGUGAGGAUGUAAAACGAUCUGAUUACAUGUGUGGAUGCAAACAAUGAAUUUCAGGUCUGCCCCAGAACUUAGGAAGUUUAUAUUGGAAUAACAAUUACCAAAGAGAAGCUUCCUUGCAUUGUUGUUCUAAGGAUGUUGAAUGGCAGUCAGUUAUGCUGAGAACAUUCUCUCUUGCACCUUUCACCCAGCUAUAAAACAGUUACAUAUGUAGCUUGUGUGCUCAUGUGAAAAUAGCUAUUUUUUGUAGAAUUAAAACAACAAAUGAGUGUUUAAAAUCAGGAUUCCUAAGUUACAAAGUUCUUCUUUAUGAAUUAUAUGCUAGUGCAUCACCAAAACCUAAAAACAUUGAAACCCCCUUAGGUAUAGGAGACUGAUGUGGCGGCAGUAAUUGGUUACAGCCUUAACAUGUUACUAGAAGCAUCUGUAUGUUACUUAUAGUCAUACCCUGUCUUCACAUUUUAUAUAAAUCAAUACAGUACAAUUAUAAUGGAAGAUAUUUUAUUUAGUAUAUGUGUUUCAAACUAAUUUAAUUUGUUUUGUAAGUAACUUGUUCCUGGCAGAAUUUCACAUUAGUUUAAGCUCAAGCUACAUUGCACUUGUGAAUGAGUAAUUUUAUUCCAUUUUAACUGUGAAUUAAUGGCUUUUUGUAUUGCUGCAGCUAGAAGAAUAUACCUUUCAUUGAGUUUACUGCUUUCCUUGAAUAACUGCAAAAUAGGGGAUAUUUUUAAAAUGUAUAUUAAAUUAGAUCAUAGAAAUUAUAUUUUUAAAACCAAUUGUUAAAAUGUAAGUAAUUCAAGAAUCUACUCAGUAGUUUUCUCUUUUUAAAACUCUUAAUUAAACAAUUAUUUCAAUCCAGAUAACUUUUAUUUCAUCAAAUGGUAAGCACGCCAUCUUAUUCACAUAAUUAUACAUUUUCAACAAAGGCGGGGUUUUUUUUCUUUUAACCAAUAGAAACCUUUAAAAUGCAUUCUGUAUAUCAGCUUUUCAUUAUGUUUUUAAGAAACAAACACCCUUGUAACUUUUAAGUGUUGAAACUAAAUGGUUGGACUCUAGUUCUCUGCUCUCCUGUGCUGUAUACUGUAAUGCAUACGAUGAGAGAAACAGAUGGCGUUUUUAUUUGUUCUUUCAGUCUGCAUCAACCAAGGGUGCAAAUAAAAGGGAUUGUUUGCUGUUUUUUAGAAGCACAUCAAACUCCUUUUAGGAGCUUAGACUGUAUUGUAGUGAGGAUGAAAUGAUGUAGUGUGAAUAAAUUAUGAAUUUAUUAAGUGAGCUGGGAAGUUUAAUGCUAUAAAAUUUGCACUGGUUUAGAGACUGUUUUGAACUGUUGAAAAAUGGCAUCUAUUUACUGUGCUUUAAUUAACAACUGUUUUCUGUACAUUUGACAAAAAAUUUGACUUUAAAAGGGCACUGCAUAUUCUGAAUUCUGUGUAUUCUAAACUAAGAAACAAUUUUUAAUGUAUUUCCCAAAAUAAAAUAUGUAUGUAUGCUGUAUAAAAAA